GCGCGCAGCGCAGCCCCAGUCGAGAUAAGACGCGAGUCCACAGAGCGACACAGAGAGAGAGAGAGAGAUGGCGUUGAAGCAGACGCUGCUAUCCACUGCAAACGCCAAGCCCUUCGUCUUCCCGGCACCGAACUCUUCUGGGUCUCCUCCGAACUCGCUCCUCCUCUCGUUCGCGCCGACCGUCGAGCACCUGACCCGCAGCGCCCGGCUGAGGUGCUCCCUCCAGGCGGCCGCGUACCCGAGGCCCCAGGAGAUCCAGUGGAGGAAGGAGCUCACCAACUCCGUCCAGCUCAUCGGGAUCGUCUCGACCCCCGUCGAGGCCAGGGACUUGCCCUCCGGGAAGGUCGUCGCCUGGACCCGCCUCGCCGUCCGGAAGUCCCCCACCGACACGACGUGGAUAAAUUUGACAUUUUGGGAUGAGUUGGCACUUUCUGCUUCUCAGCAUCUAGAGAAAGGUCAACAGAUAUUUGUGUCUGGUCGGCUGGUUUCAGAUGUAGUUGAAAGUGAUGAAGGAAAGCAACAGACUUUCUAUAAGGUCGUUGUUCAGCAGUUAAACUUCAUUGAAAGGAACCUCUCUACAUUUGCGCUUAACGAUCAUGGGUCAGGUAGGAAUUUUGGCAGUGAUCCAGUCCACAAUAAUAGUUCCACUGUAGAACUCUGGCAAGCUUUUUUCGCCAAUCCCCUGGAAUGGUGGGAUAACAGGAAAAACAAGAAGAACCCAAAAUAUCCAGAUUUCAAGCAUAAGGAUACUGGCGAAGCUUUGUGGGUUGAAGGCAGGUAUAAUCCACCAUGGGUAAAGUCCCAGCUAGCGAAACUGGAUAUGAGAUUGGGAUCUCUUCAAACACAGGAUGCCAGAAUGCCAGUGAGUGCAAUGGCCGGUGAUGAUGCUCUAGGUUUCUAGCUAUUUGUGUGCCGAUAAAGUUAUUCAUCUGUAUAGCUCUGUCAAACCCCCUUUGUUCAGCAAACCCCAGUAAAGUCUCUCAAUAGGUUUUGUUAUUAUCACCCAAUUUGCUCACGGUUUUCCCCAUUAACCGCAUUGAUCACAAGUCUCUAUACUACAUCAGUUUAAGAUCAGUUUAGGAGGCUCAACUAAAAUUCUUUAUUGAGCAAAUAGUGUUGCCUUC